AUGCUAUAUAGCCAUACCUAUCUCGUUACCGGCGCUAGCCGUGGCAUCGGGAAAGGCUUCGUUACCGCCCUUCUUCAGCGUCCCUCGACCAGGGUAAUCGCCAGCGUCCGUGACCCGCUCGCCGACUCCUCCAAAGCCCUCAGGAGCCUCGUCCGAGGCGAAAAUUCCACCCUCAUACUCAUCAAACUCGAUUCCUCUAUCGACGACGAUCCCGUGACUGCUAUCGAACUCCUCCAGAAGGAGCAUAACAUCUCCACUAUCGAUACGAUCAUCGCUAAUGCAGGCAUUUCCCACACCAGCACCCCCAUUCGCGACAUCUCCUCCACUGCGGCACUAGACCAUGUCAAAAUCAAUUCUAUCGCGCCCCUCCUUCUAUUCAGUGCAGCCGUCCCGCUUUUGGUGAACAGCAAGAAACCGAUGUUCGUUGCUGUAUCCUCGGUGAUUGGAAGCAUCAGUAUGCAGGAUAGCCUGGCCAAAUUGUUCCCGCCGAGCGUGAGCUCUAGCCCGUACGGAGCGAGCAAGGCAAUGCUGAACUGGUUUGUGAAGAGGCUGAGCAUUGAGGAGCCAUGGGUCACAGCGCUUGUUCUCAAUCCUGGUCUGGUCGAGACAGACAUGUCUGCCGAGCUAGCCAAGAAGAUCGGUGUGCCUGAUAUUAAGUGUAUGGGAGCCAUUGCGGUUGAGGAAAGUGUUACAGGAAUGGUCCAUAUCAUUGACAACGCUACGAAGGACGUUAGUGGUGGUUUUAAGAACUUCGAUGGUGUUGAUUUGUCUUGGUGA